UGGAAGAGCGCGGAGCUUAGGUUUGGACGUCAAAGAUUACCGAGAGCACUCUUUCAGCUCUCCAUCUUCUCGAACUCGAAAGCCUUUUCCCAGCUUGUCUCCAUGGAUCUCCUCCGAAGUUACGCAGACAAAGCUGAUGAUGACGUUGACUCACCGGAAGAACCUUUUAAAGAACCUGAAAACACUAGCGAUUCCCCUUCCUCGCCGGUUACCUCUUCCGACUCCCCUCCGCACAUGUCCCUCCCGGUCAAAACCUCGGCCCCGCGCGUCGACGACACUGCGCUCGCCCUAACAACCGCCGUUUCCGAUCGCAUAAUUCACCGCCCUCUCGAUCCAUCGCAACACGCCGUCAGUUUCAACCCUACCUACGACCAGCUCUGGGCCCCGAUCUAUGGCCCCGCACAUCCCUAUGCCAAGGACGGCAUCGCGCAGGGCAUGCGAAAUCACAAGCUUGGUUUUGUCGAGGACGCCUCAAUCCAUUCCUUCCUUUUCGACGAACAGUACAACACCUUCCACAAAUACGGCUACGCUGCCGACCCUUCCGGCCUCUCCUACGUCGGCGAUCUCGAAACCCUAGAACGCAAUGAAGCGUUGUCGGUGUACAAUAUCCCUCAGCAGGAGCAGAAGCGCCGCCGCCUCGAGCUCAAGGGUAAUGAAGCCGAUGCCUCCGCUGAGACGGCCGAUAACACGAACCCGGGCACAGAAAAUCCCGCGUCGGAUGAGUGGCUCCUCAAGAACCGCAAAAGUCCUUGGUCCGGUAAGAGGGAGGUGAUUCAGGGGGAGCUUACGGAGGAGCAGAAGAAGUACGCUGAGGAGUACGCGGAGAAGAAGGCUGAGAAGGAGCGAGGUGGCGAGGGUAGAGGGGAUAAGACUGAUCCUGUCGACAAGAGCACUUUUCAUGGUAAGGAGGAGAGGGACUACCAGGGACGUUCUUGGGUCGCUCCUCCCAAGGAUGCCAAGCCUUCUAAUGAUCACUGUUACAUUCCGAAGCGGUGGGUGCAUACUUGGAGUGGCCACACCAAGGGUGUUGCUGCAAUUCGAUUCUUCCCAAAGCAUGGUCACCUACUCCUCUCUGCGGGCAUGGACUCCAAGGUCAAGAUCUGGGAUGUGUUCAAUUCGGGAAAAUGUAUGAGAACCUAUAUGGGACACUCCAAGGCAGUCAGAGACAUAUCCUUCUCCAAUGAUGGUGCGAAGUUCUUGAGCGCAGGGUAUGACAAGAAUAUAAAGUUAUGGGAUACUGAGACUGGUAAGGUGAUCUCUACUUUUUCCACUGGGAAAGUUCCUUAUGUUGUGAAACUCAACCCAGAUCAAGACAAGCAACACAUUCUCCUUGCGGGGAUGAGUGAUAAGAAGAUUGUCCAGUGGGAUAUGGAUUCUGGGAAGAUCACACAAGAGUAUGAUCAGCAUCUGGGUGCUGUGAAUACCAUCACUUUUGUGGAUAACAAUCGGAGGUUUGUUACCUCUAGCGAUGACAAAUCUCUUCGUGUCUGGGAGUUUGGCAUACCGGUGGUCAUCAAGUAUAUUAGUGAGCCGCACAUGCACUCAAUGCCAUCAAUUUCACUUCAUCCUAAUGGCAAUUGGCUGGCCGCACAAAGCUUGGAUAACCAGAUUCUUAUCUAUAGUACAAAGGAGAGAUUUCAAUUAAACAAGAAGAAAAGGUUUGCAGGGCAUAUUGCGGCAGGCUAUGCUUGUCAGGUCAAUUUUUCACCGGAUGGACGAUUUGUAAUGUCAGGAGAUGGGGAGGGCAAGUGCUGGUUUUGGGAUUGGAAGAGUUGUAAAGUCUUUAGGACCCUAAAAUGCCAUGAAGGAGUUUGCAUUGGGUGUGAAUGGCAUCCUUUGGAGCAGAGCAAGGUUGCAACUUGUGGAUGGGAUGGCAUGAUCAAAUACUGGUAA